AUUAUUUGGAAUGAAUGUCUAAUUCAAUCUAUAUUUGUAUUCUCCUUUAAAUAACACUUUGGUUGGCCAAAGCUGAGAAGUUUAUCCCUUCCUCAUUGCCAUUUGUCUCAAGAUACAGAAACAGAGAUGAGCAGCACCACAACAAAAGUAAAGCCGAAAAUGCUCGUAAAAGAAACCCUUUAUAAAACCAAGAAAUACUGCAACAAAACUCUCGGAAACCUCAAAUCCUUGGUUUUAUCGAGGCGCCAAAAACUACCCAAAAAUCCCAUCUUUUGUACCAGCAAAAGGGUCUGCAACCAAAGGCAGGAGCUGAAUAGUUUCUACACGAGUUUCUCCGAUAAGUGGGAUUCUACUACUAAUAAGGUGGUGGAGAAGAAAGAGGGUCAACACUCACCAAAAGACGAAGAGUACAGCAAAAGCUCCGUAAGUAUUGCAGAUUGCAAUGAAUUCGAAGACUUGAAACAAGAGAAGAAGGAAAGCAAAUAUGUUGCAAGAAAGCAGAGAGAUUCCAGUUUUCGAGCAGCUGAUGCUUUAGCUCGAAAGAUGAAAGAAUUAGACAUGAUGGAUGUGAAUGAUAUGGAUCAUGUGAUGGAUGUAGAGGAGGUGCUUCAUUACUACUCUAGACUUACCUGCCCUGCAUAUCUUGAAAUUGUCGACAAUUUUUUCGUUGAUAUGUACUCGGAAUAUCACGUACCUCAGCCAUCGAGGAGUGUCAACAAUUCAAUGCGGAAACUGGGCUCAGCCAGUGUUCACAGUUCAAUGAGAAGUCUUGGCCCUUUAAAGCUAUAAGUAUCUGAAGUUUAAAAAAAAAAUCAAAAAUAUCAAUUGCAUCUGCACAUGAAUUCAUCGUCUGUCUCCUCCACUAUCGUCCCUGUGUGUUUCUGUAAGCUCAGUUGCAGUUUCUAACUUCUUCAAUGUAUGUUUAUUGUAUGCUGAAUUCUUACCAUUUCCACCAAUAAAAAGGAAAAUAAGUAGCUUCUUUCAUUAUU